CGCAUGAUCGAUCAGGCACCCCCAAACUCUUCGGCGGCCUUUGGGGAGGGAGGGGUGGAGGGCAGGCCCAAGGACGUAUUUCUUCCGGCUCGCUCGCCGCCCUGCUCUGCUCUGCUCUGCUCGGCUCUGCUCUGCUCGGCUCUGCUUCCCUCUCUCGACCCGCUUCUCUCUCAAGCUACUUCCCUCACCCACAAUGUUGGACCUUCCGCUCAAGUCCGGUACAACAGUCGUCGUUCUGCCUUCCGUAUCCCGUGCUGCAACAUGGUCUGCCCGCCUGGCACAGUCUUCGUCGCAUUUGGGCGCCGUCGCUCCGGCAACUCGCUCCGUCUCGACCACGUCUGGCCAGUCCGCUGUCUCGGCGAAGCCCGUCCCGCUUCGGGCUGCUGCGUCCUGGCUUCAGAUGCUGUCACGCUUCGACCUCAAUCUGAGCUUGCGGGCGUACGAUUCGUCCGCCAACGACCUGUUUCCCACAACCGAAAUGAUCCUGAAGAAGGUGAAUCGCAAGCGACCCGUGUGGAGCAAUGCCAUGAGCCUUACCGUCCCCAUCUACCGUCAAGCCCUCCACCACACCCGCAAAUACCUUCGAUCCUCGCGCCUUGUUGCGACUCUCAUUCCCGCCACGCUCCCGAAAGACGUCCGGGUGCAUCCCACCAAAGUCCCACGGCGCGAUGACUUGCUUCUGGCAGGAAUGACCCCAUCCGAGGCCCAGGGAUCGAUUCCUGGAGAAUGGAUCUACCACGAGCCUGCCUGCCAACAGGCUGCCCUUGUUGCCGGAAAUGAUCCGGCCAAGGAAAAGGUGGUUCUGUUCCUUCAUGGCGGUGCAUAUUUCAUGUGCUCAGCCGAGGGCCAUCGCAUGCUGACCUGGCGAUUUAGCAAGGAAAGUGGAGCCAAGGUCCUUGCCAUCAACUACAGGCUAUCUCCCGAGCACACCUUUCCCCUGCCUCUUCACGACGCCAUCUCAGCCUACCUCGAUCUCAUCGACCCCAAGGAUCCGUCCCAGCGGCGGUAUACACCCGAUCAAAUCGUUAUUGCCGGCGACUCGGCCGGUGGUGGCCUGGCUGUUGCAACAACGCUUUGGCUAAGAGAUAAUAACUAUCCACUCCCGAGCGGCGUUGUAGCCCUGGCUCCAUGGCUGGACCUGACCCAUUCCCAGCCAAGCUUCCGCAUCAACGGCGAAUACGACUAUGUGCCCUCGACACACGAAGAUCCACUUUACAUCGUGCCGGGCCACCGCUCGCACUACUACACAAAGUCGGAUGCGGAAAACAAGCAUCCCCUGGUCUCGCCGCUGUUUGCACACGAACGCCGCGACCGCCUCAUGCCGCCGACCCUCAUCCAUGUUGGCGAGCUGGAGCGCCUUCGUGACGAAUCCAUCGUCUUUGCCGGCCGGGUGAUGAAGAACAGCCCCAUCAAGGUCGAAAUGUUCAAGAACCAGGUCCAUGUCUUCCAGGCCUUUGCCCACCUCGGCGAAGCCGCGGCCCAGGCAUCGCUGCAAAAGAUUGGCCGAUUUGUACAAAAUCCGUCCUCAGCCGAGCGCGAGUUUGUUGUCGUCGACGACGAAUGUCCCGACGUGCGCGAUGGACAAGUCGUUUCCCUCGCCGAGCAUCGAUAUAGUGUUCAAACUGGGCUCGAUCUGGUCGAAGAGGGCCGCAUGCAGCUCGGAAGCGGCGUCAAGGACUGCCUCCAAGACCACCUGCGCCGACGAGCCACAAAGCUGACUGCGGCACCCGCAACUCGAUUGCGAAGCGAUCACUCCAAGUAUUUUAUAUAGAUCGACACGGCCUUGGUCCAGCAAACCACUUCCCAUUCUUCCUGACUCCCACUGCGGUUCUCGAAGACGCAAAAUCAACAAAGCACCGCCUGUAGCACCAGUCGCUAGGCACUCACAAUGGAUAUUACCACUCCAUGACUUCUCCUUGGGACAGCGCCGUGCUGUUCGCAUGCCACUAUGGACCCCAUCAAUCCCCGAGAAACGCAAGAUU